AUGGCGACAUUAUGCAGCAUGUUAUGUUCUGUUUGUGAAAUCCAGCACAAGAACAAAGAAGCUGAAUAUUGGUGUUCUGAAUGUGAACAAGGCCUAUGUCCCGAGUGUCUGAACUGCCACAAUGCUUUGAAAUCGUCUAGAAAUCAUGAGGUAAUUACAGUUGAAAACUACAAGCAGCUUCCAUCUUCAAUAUCCAGUAUACAACAUCACUGUUCUGAUCACAAUAGAAAGUUCCAGAUGUACUGUCCUCAGCAUGAAAACCUAUGUUGUCCGUUAUGUAUCUCUUCUAAUCAUAGAAACUGCGUUGGUCUGUUAUCGAUAGAAGAGGUCAUAGCAACGUCGAAGACAUCGUCUUUAUUGGACAGUAUGGAACAGCGAAUUAAAGAUUUGUUAACUAAUGCAGAGGAAAUCAUCGAUGACCGUAAACAGAACCUCACUUCAAUACAGAACCAACACCAUAAGUUUCAGUCCGAGAUAACACAGAUGCGUGAUCAAAUAAAUAAACACCUUGACUUCCUAGAAAAACAGUCUACUGAGGAAUUGCUAGCUACCAAAAAGGAUGUAAGCAGUCGAAUAGAAACCGUCAUUACAAAUAUAACCCAGAAUUAUAAACAUGUGAGUAAGUUGAAAAAUGAAAUGUGUUCAAUUAGGAAAUAUGCAUCGAAUCUUCAGACAUUUUUAGGAGCUAAAGUCCUUGAGGUGGAAAUCCAAAAGAAAGAGGAAUAUCUCCAGUCUCUGUCUAUUGAUGGAAGUCUCGAGCAAGUUGUUAUUAAUCUUGAGGUAGAUGACGAACUAUCAAACAUUUUAUCUAUUCAAAAAUUUGGUUCAGUUUCGACAGAAAAAAAAUCGCCAUUAUUUGUACUUAAGAAUAAAACAGAGAGGCAGGCUCAAAUAUUAAGAACGCCAGUUGUUACACCAAGUUCUAUUCAUGAUAUAAACCCAACGCAACAACAAAUAAUAGCCGUUCCAGAGAAAAUAACUGGUUGCUCAAUGACCCCGUCAGGUAAAUUCAUCUUUGUGAACUGCUACGAGCAUCAAUUGAUCAUUCUAACAAAAGAUGGAAAAUCGGAUAGUGUAAUUAAUAUACCACCACAAUAUCCAGUGGAUGUAGCAUGCAUCGACGACUUAAGCGUAGCAGUUUCAUUUCAUAGUGCAUCAGAUAUUCAGAUCAUCAAUAUUGCAUCCAAGAAAGUUGUAAAAACCAUCAACACAUUGAAUAUAUGCGGUGGUAUAAUCCAUCAAGACAACAACAUUUUAUACUGCGAGAACUACAACGGUGUUAGAGUGGUGAAAUUGCCAAACACAGAUAAUGUUCUUUUAGUCGACGACAUGGAAAUAAAUCAUUGGAGCUAUAUAACAACAUAUAUGGAUUUCUUAUAUUAUACUAAACACAAUACAGUAAGCUGUUAUUCCAUAACAGGUAAGAAACUAUGGGACUUCAAAGAUGAAUCAGUGUUGAAAAGUUCCUGCGGUGUGACCGCUGAUAAACAUUCAAAUAUUUAUGUCGCAGAUUAUGAAAAUAGUAGUAUAGUCGUAAUUUCACCAGAUGGGAAAAAGGGAAGGCGUAUACUUGGUGAGGUACAGGGAAUCAUCAAACCCUCUGGUAUUUUUAUUAACAACGAAAACGACACUCUUUUGGUCUCCAAUUAUAAUGAAACUGCUGUUUUGUAUAAGCUGACCUUUUAA